AUGGCGCUCCCUCUCUACGCUGGGCUCCUCCACACGCUACACACCUCUCUACGCUGGGCUCCCUCCCUACGCUGGGCUCCUCCACCUACGCCUGGCCCAAGCAGAAGACCAUCACGCCAUCCAUCCCAUAUUACUUUACAGCACAGCUCCCGCCCCGCCAUGUGCCGCUCCGCGCCCCCCCCCGCCAGCGUCGAGGCCGGGCCGCGCGCGGAGUACCCAGGGCCUUGGGCGGGAGGCCAGAGCCCGCACCAGGUGGGCGAGGGCGCUCCCAGCCGUGUGGGCCGCCCGAGCGCGGCGGCGCUUCCGGCGCACGCGAAGCCCCUGGGCGCGAGCGUGGUCGUCCGCGGGCUCGCGGGGGCGCCGGAGCACAACGGCAAGUCCGCCGAGGUCUGCGGCUGGGACGAGGCGCGCGAGAGGUACGACGUCCGGCUCGAGGAGGGUGGCGACAUGCUGUCCCUCAGGCCAAGCAGCGUCGUGCAGCUCUGCACGGUGGAGGUGACCGCCCUGAAGGGCAGGCCAGAGCUCAACGGCCUCGUGGGCCGCAUACUCGGCUUCGACGAGGCGCGCGGGCGGUACAGGGUGCUCCUCGACGGUCUCGUCAUGGUGGUCGCCCUGCAGCCGAGCAACUGCGUGCUAUUGGACGAGGGGGUGCAGGUGUUGUUGCAGGGCUUGUCCACCUCCCCGGAGCUGAACGGGCAGAUGGCGCAGGUUAAAGGCGUCGAGCGCGCCUCGUCUAGGUACACCGUGUGCACCCAGGGCGGCAGAUACGUCAGGGUAAAGUACGACAACGUCAUGUGUUGA